AUGGAAGAGGAUAACGUCCUGGACAGAUGAAACGGGAGAGCUGUGUGCUCCACAACGUAGACCACACAGUUUACAUCGACGUUCCCACGACUGGAGAUCACACGGCGAACAGUCGAGCGUAGCACAGUCGUUCGUGUCAAUAAUUCUUGUUGCUUCUUCUCGCAAGCAUGAUUUGAAAAUAAAGCGCGUAAACACGGUUUAAAAACAGUGAGUGUUAACGUUCAAAACGAACAGAUAAAAAAUAAAGAAAGAAAAUUGUGAAUUUGCGAUAAGCUCAAAUAUAAUUUAAGCGAUCGUAGACUCUGUCUCGUUGAAAAGAUUUACUCUGUGCGUUUAUUCUCCUGGACCACCACAUAUUCUCCACCCAUUUCAUCUCGGCUUUAUCUUUUCAAUUUUUUUCCUCCCUCAUUUAACUCGACCCGAAACGAUUUUUCGAGGUCACGUACAGGCCGGCUCCGCUCCGGUGAAUAACGAAUUGUGUGUGCCAAGAAAGUCAACCACCUGUAAACGUGUGUGUUUCUCUUUCUCUCUCUUUCGCCCUCUUUCUCUCUCGCGCGUCCCAGAGCGUCCACCCUUCUACGAGAAACGGGCUCAAAGGCCUCGGCUUUUAAUUAACCCCUGACAAAAACGUUUAACGAUAAUUCCCCGGAAAAAAAAUCAGAGACAUUCAUCAAGUCGAGCAAAAGCCAGAUGUUUUGAAAAAAAAAACUGUGCGAUCGAUUCGUCCACAGUGCAAAGCAAAGUGAUCGAACGUUUCGUCCCUUUUUCGUAUCGCGAAAAUUCGUGGAUCGACGAGAGAAAGAAACGAGUUUCGAGUCCAGCUGAUUCAGUAAUUUUAAGGUCUGUGAGUGUUGGAUGAAACCGAAGACCAAUGGAAAUGAAGUACUGGAAAAUUGCAGUUUUUCUCUUCAAUCUGUGCAUAUGGUUGACGGGAUGCAUGGUGCUCGUGGUCGGUGUGUGGCUCCUGCUCGAUCCGAGCAACGGUUACUUGUUCAAUUUAUUCGUUGAGAACACAACACCCCACGAGACUAUAUAUCUCGUCUCGUACAGUAUUCUCGGCCUCGGUUCCGUUGUCCUCACCGUUGGAUUUUUCGGAUGCCAAGCAUCCCUACGAGGAAAUCAAUGCAUUCUCGCAAUAUACAUGACCAUGCUUAUAAUACUGAUAGCUGCAGAAUUGGCUGUUGUCAGCGUCGGUAGUUUCAUGUCAGUUAGAACAACGUCGGGUCUUGAGGGAAGAUUAUUGAACAGGCUUGCCGAACACUAUGGGCACGAUUCUACCAGUGAUAUUGCCUUCAGCCACAGCCUCGAUUUCGCACAAUACAAGUUCAACUGUUGCGGUAUCUACGGUGAUGGUGAUUACAAUCAAACAGCAUGGUGGAGAGACGGGCAAUAUUCUGGGACCAAGAGACACGUGCCACUUACUUGUUGCGUACUAAAAAAUCCCGAAGUGAAAAAUGCAGGCAGCCCCAUGAGCGUGGUCUCAAGGGUCUUCCACAAAGAUAACGAGAAGCCAUGGCUUCAUCCACAACCAAGGGAUGAAGCUGCUUGCCAAGUUUUAGAACUGGAAGCCCAGGAAGGAUACAGACACAAGGAAGGCUGUCUGGACAAAGCGACAAAUUGGUUAAGAGCAGAGAGUCUUAAGCUUAUAGUCAUAGGACUAUUUGUUGCGGGCAUUCAGACCGCCGGUGUACUGUGUUCAGCCAUGUUGUGCCGUCGGAUCAGAGAAGUACAGGAAAAUUAAAAAGGUGACCUUCGUCCACUGCCGUCCUCACCGGUGUUCGUAAAAAUGAACGACGUUCUUCUUCUGACGUGCAAAAUAGAUGAUAAAGAGAAGAAAAUAUAUGAAAAAGUUGCAUACAGAAAUGAGAAAAGUCGAUGGGAUCAUCUGCUGAUAGUCCUCGACAUCGAUUGUUGCAAUCGCCAUGUAGAACGAUCAUUUUUGCGAGAAGAAAAUGAAAGGUAAUCUUGGCAGAGUAAGGUUGAGUGUAUAGAAAAAUAUAUUAAACGUUAUCGAAAGAUGAAAUGUAAAAAGAGGAAUUAUCUGCUAAUUUAAUAUGUUUUCGAAGGAAGCAAUGCGUUGAAAAAAUUCGCUUUUCAUUGAAAUUCAAUAUUCUAAAAAUACCGGAACGAUGUGAUGCAAUGUCAACCGGCAGCAUCCGAACUGGAACUAGUGAAAUCUUAAUUUUUUCCCCCGCCAGACUCCAUUAGAAAAAGUAUAAAGCUCUGCAUUAUUAAUAAAACAUUUAUUCAUUUCUUACGAAACGUCUGAAGUAUGUAAAUAAUCAUAAGCUGCUCUAAAAAUUGGGUGCAUCCACUUUGAGUCCCGUCCGUCAUUCAUAUUUUACUGUGAAAUGAUAAUAUUCGAAGAAAAUCGUGAAAUUAGACGUGGAAGAGUGCUGGAUAUUCAACAAUGUUCAUUUAUCGUCCGCGUAAGCUUUUCACUACAAGGCCACAAAAUGCGCCACACCAAAUUUGCUAAUUACUCAAUUAUUUGUACAUAAAAAGCCAACAUCGAAAUUCACACGAAAAGUUGUGCUAAAAAGGGCAGAAAAAGUAGUGCAAUGUUCAAAACGCGAGUGGAGAUGAGAUUAUUUUUAAUACAAUUUCCUAUUACGACGUCAUAUUGGCACCAUAUUUUUUCUAUGCUCUUUCAUUUUUUAGACAAUCGUGACGUUUUUUUAUUAUUCACUGUUGAUGUACCACACUAUUAUUCAUGGUACAAAUAGAUAUAUUAUAUAUUUAUAAAUAUGUGUACAUAGUGUUCGAUGAAUGUACGAUUUGUGAGUGGCCGGCUGGAUGAGAACCGGGGACCCAGGCAUUCCCACACAUGUAUUAUUUGGUGGCGAGAAAUAAAUAAAUGUUGUACAACGUGUGUAACGUAAAAAUUUGAGAAAACGGA